AUGGAAAUGCGUAAAGAAUCUCCUAGGAAGUCUAGAAGCUUAAAUAUAGUGAUUCGGAAUAGCGAAGAAGCAACUCAACGCCAUAUGGUACCUGAGAUACCCACUCAAGAUGAUGAUUUAUUGAGUGUCUGUGAUCUUGUGUUUGAGAUUGCUCAGGCAAAAUCCUACAUUGUUGGGGAUAAUACUGGUUGGAACUUUGAGGUUGAGUCUUGGCCUAAGGGAAAGAAGUUCAUGGCUGGUGACAUACUUGUUUUUCAGUACCUUGCGAACUCUCACAAUGUUGUGAAGGUCAACCACCAGGGCUACCGCACUUGCUCAGUUCCAAGAGGAUCCUUCAUGGCAACAAGUGGAAAUGAUCACAUCAAAUUGGUGAAGGGAAAUAACUACUUCAUUUGCAACUUUCCAGAGCAUUGUUCGAGUGGCAUGAGGAUUGCAGUUUUUGCAAAUUAA